GAGGCAACUUUGUUUUUUAAGGGGAAAGUAUCUCCAACAUUUAUGCAACUUAUAAGGCUAUGUCUGAAAGUGCUUUUGAGAAAUUUACUUAUGACUUGAUGGAAUUUGAAGUCUUGUGAAAAUGACAAUUUAUUUUGCUCCUAAGACAGGUAUUCAGUGUAAUCUGUGAACUUCAGAUACAAAAAAACAUGGGCAGAAAUGAGAUAGAAACCAGUGAUAUCACAGACAAGUAAACAAUGCUGGUUUUAUCCAUUCAUAUUUUUAAGCUUUCAGAGGUAGGCUUUAGGACUUACCACUGCCUUUUUCCCCUUGGCUAGUUGGGAUGCUUAUUUGAAGGAUUUUUUUUUUUUAUAGCUGCUAUUUCAAACACAACAAAGUUUAAUUGGUGUUUCAGUAUACAGUUUGCUUACACACUGUAUAGCAUGCUUAUCUUUCCUUAUCUUUGCAAGAUCAGUGCAUGAUUACCCAUGUUUUCUAAUGCCUGAAUUAAACGAAUACAUGCUCUGUAUUCAUGCUUUCUGAACAUCAGUUUGAAUGCUCCUUCUGUGUAUUUUGAAUAGUGUCAAGUUACAAAUUUAAUUCAAAGCAACUUGGGGAAAAUAUAAACUAAGACUUGCUCCUCUUAAAAAGGGAAGUCGAUACAGUGGGUCGAUAGUGCUUAUACAAAGGUAAACAAACCUGUUAGCACGUGGAGCGGCAGAGAACUUGCAUUAACUGGUUCUCUGAAAUCAGGGCUGGCAGUGUGCAGGUGACUGUUCUGUUGAUAAAACGUUUCUGGGACCUGAGCUGCUCUGCAGAACGGAUGGAGUUGGAUGAUGCUGUUCUUGUCAGCAGUGUGCUAACAUCUGAAAUUUUCGGUUAAAUGAUGCACCAGUUCAAGGAUACACAGAUCACGUUGGUAACAAAACGACUAUACGGAUGACUUACCCAGAAGGAGCCCCCCUUUCAGAACAUGAGUAUCCUCCUGCUAGCUUGUUCGUGGCUGUUUUGUUUAAAAGUGUUGAUUUCAAUUGGCUUCAAGCAAUGCUAAAAAAUGAAACCUUGCCCCUGUGGGUGCGACUCUUCUUUUGGAAGGAGGUUGCUGAGAAAAUUCCUUUUACAUCAAAGCAGUUUCGGAUUCUGAAUCCAGUCAUCAUCAAAGAGACAGCUUUGGACAUUUUACAGUUCCCUGAACCUCGGUCAAAAUUCUGGGGUUGGGAUAAGAAUGUACCUACAAUUGGGGUCACAGCAGUUGUUCUGGCCACGCAUUUAUGUGAUGAAGUGAGCUUAGCAGGAUUUGGAUAUGACCUUGAUCAGCCCAGCACACCUUUGCACUAUUACAACAACCUCUGCAUGGCUGCCAUGAAUGGACAAACUAUGCACAAUGUGACAAGUGAAACAAAAUUCCUGCACAAACUGAUCAAAGAAAAAGUUGUCAAAGACCUCACUGGUGGGAUACAUUGUGAAUUCUGCAACAAAGACAGCUAGUGAUUGAAGUGCUGCAUGGUUUGGAUUUGUUGUAUUUCCAGAGGUUCAGCUGGAACAACCUUUUCACUGUCUCAAAGUAAUUCUUUAACAUGUAUAUAAAAUGGACAUUGAGUAUCUGCUGCCUUUUUAUAAUGUCAAGUUCAGUUUGUUGGACUUUUAAAUUUAUUUUGAUGUUAGAUUUUACUUUGCACAUCUUUGUGAAUAACUAUGUGAAUAUAACUUGGAGUUGAAAUAUAUCCAUUUAAAAUAUUUAAUGUUUUAAGUUGUCUGAAGAAAAGCAGAGUUUUUGUUUUCAGAUGUCUAUGGUAUGCACAAUGCUAGCCUGAGUUGUCUAACAGCAUACAAGAUUUUUUUUCCACUGAACUGCUGUCUUUGAUCGAGUUCUUGGUGUAUGACUCCUUUUCAUGCAUGCCAUGAAAAGAAAGGCGUAUGCUUCUCAAGUCUUUAAUUUCUUGCAACUCGAGUGUUGUGUUUCCCUCAGAUAUUUAUAUUUUGGUUUUGUGCUGAUACUGUUUUUUUGAGGGGUGGAGGAGGAAUGUGGGAGUGGAGCUGAGGGAAAAGAAACUGUUGUGGCAGCAACUGAAUAGUAAGUACUUUGGUGUUCAUGAUUGAUACUAAAAUCAUUGAUGCAUUAAUGUAUUGGGUUAGAAUCCUGCUUUAUCAUGAGGCAUAUUUGGGCCCAGGGUACAUUACAAGAGGAUUUAGCCAGUAGGAGGCUUUCACCUGGAUCAUAUAGUAUGUCGUUUCCUUAAGACCCAGAUAAGUGUUUCUAACAAGUCGAUUUGCAGCAGAGUUCAGCUACCCCAAUUAAAGAAGUGUCAUUAAUACAAUAUCUGCCCCCACCACUUUUUUUUUUGAGUGACUUGAAAAUUGCUGGUUCUAUAAAAUGGUGGUUUAUAUGAAUCUUCUGUUUAGCAAGAGUAGAAUCUAUGACUGGGUGAAAAUUUCUGUUGGUUUACUUUAUGAUCCUUAAGUGACUAAUUACAGAUAUCGUAACUGUAAUAGUUUACAAUGAUGAUAACCUUUAUGAACUCUAGUGUUGACUAUUUAAUUGCAGGGAGAGGUAGAGAUGUUAAUUUUCCUGAAUCAGCUUUGAAGUCAGAAGUUGGGUUAGUGUGUGUAAGUUCAGAAGAAAAUCACUUUGAGAAAGCAGUAGGAUACUAGUAGCCAGCUAGAUAACUGCUGAAAAUGGCAUACUUUUUUUAAAAAAGCUAUGUGUAUAUGUUCUUGUGACUGGAAAUCAGUGCAUUGCAAAGAAACUGGACUGUGCAGAUCUGUAAGCAGGUUUUUGUGCUCAUUUUCUUACUAGCAGAGGAGUAGGUAUGACUAUGUGCACUGUGUUGUGUUGUUACUUAAUGUACAGUAUGUAAAAAAACCAAAGUGCUUUCUUUGGGAUUGAAAGCUUUUUAGCAAAUUGAUGGAAGUUGGUGUAGAAACAUUGUUCAUAGUCAGGGACUCUCCACAUGGCAAACAUUCCCGCUUAUUUUUGUUAUGGGUGAGGACAUGAAUGUAGUUGUAGUUUUGAAUAUUCAAAAUACUCAUGUGGGAAAGGAAGAUUAGGGCUGUUGGGUUUUGAUUUUGUGGUUGGUUUUUCUUUUUUUCCCCAUGGAAAGCAGAUCUAAUGAAUGAUGAUGUUAGAAUGCAGGAGCAGCAGACUGAUCUUGGCCUUUAAUAGUAAAAGGCAAUAAAAUGACAUCAGAUCAUAAAGCAUAACUCUGAAGAAAGUUGUGGACCUCAUCUUUCCUAAAUCCCACGUACCUACGUGUCCUGGAAAGCCAGUUGUGGAUGACAGGCAAAUUUGAAAAUCGGAUUCUUGUCUCUGGCACUCUUUAUAGCAAUAAUACUAAUCUAGCUUCUCCUCUGUGAAACACAAGAUUUUUUUGUACUAGCAAUAAAUUUGUGGUCUACGUUUUUUCUUGUAAGUAUAAUAAUUAUAUUGUUUAAUUUAAAAACACCUGAAGAGUUUUGUACAGAUAGUCUUUUAGUUAAUAUAUUAAAAUGUGCUAAUUAUUUUCUCCUGGUAUUUAAACUGGAAGCAAAGAACCUUAAUUUCAUUCAGUAUGAGUGAAAUUCUCUUAAGAUUUGAGAACGUGUGCACUGAAUACACUGACAAUAUGUGUUUCGGAGUACUCUGUCCCUGACCAGUUUGCUUUAUUCAGUAACAUAAAAACAAUCAGUUGAUUAAUGUAAAUGCCAAUAGCUUUUUGGAUAUGCUGUAUUUACUGUCAAGUUCUCAAAUUAUGUUGACGUAGGAUUAGAUUGUUUUUCCACCAGUUUUAUGGCUUGUGAUAAAACACUGUUCUCUGUGGUAGUGUAUACUGCAUUGAAUAUGCCUGCAAAGACUCGAGCAUCCAUGAAAUGGCAGCAGUAUUCAUGUUGCAAGAAGCAAUAAACUGAUGAAACAACUUUCUACUUA